GGUACAGAGGGCAGUCAAGUGAUGCACUGUAGCAGACAUAGCCAUGAUCAGUUUCGUGUCUACGACGACGCAGACUGUACGGUGAUGUGCUGCUGAAGCUAUAUAGGCGCGUGCCUUCUGCCAAACACACGUGCACGAGCCGCCAUGUAUGAGAACAGGAAGCAGCAAUCGCUUGAUGACUGAGAACAGAGGCUGACGCGCUGGAAGAGGGCGUCGUUACAGUCCAUUUGGUCUCGUUAUUUUAACAUUUUAUUAAGAGCCGAGACGGCGGAGAACACUGGGAAUAUACGCGGGGCACCGGAGGACGCUUGCAGUCACCCCUUUCCAUUUUGUAUCGAGAAUCUCCCUUUUAGACUGUUUUAGACCAUCGGGUUUUUUUUCACACAAGGGCGUGUGGCUUUCCGGGAGUUACUCGUUUUUAACCCUUGCAUGUGUGAUUUGUAUAUAUUUUAUCUUUUAUCUUUUCAUCGACUGGGGGAAUCGCUUAAGGAUGGGGUGUACCUUGAGCACCGAGGACAAGGCGGCGGUGGAGCGCAGUAAAAUGAUCGACAGAAAUUUGCGAGACGACGGAGAGAAAGCCGCAAGGGAGGUCAAGCUACUCCUUCUAGGUGCUGGGGAGUCUGGGAAGAGUACAAUUGUCAAGCAGAUGAAAAUUAUCCACGAGGCGGGCUACUCAGAGGAAGAGUGCAAGCAGUACAAGGCGGUGGUCUACAGCAACACCAUCCAGUCCAUCAUCGCCAUCAUCAGAGCCAUGGGCCGCCUCAAGAUCGACUUUGGGGACGCUGCACGAGCUGACGACGCGCGGCAGCUGUUUGUGCUGGCGGGCUCUGCGGAGGAGGGCUUCAUGACAGCGGAGCUGGCGGGGGUCAUCAAGCGACUGUGGAAGGAUGGCGGCGUGCAGGCCUGCUUCAGCCGCUCACGCGAGUACCAGCUCAACGACUCGGCCGCCUACUACCUGAACGAUCUGGACAGGAUAUCUCAGGCCAGCUAUAUCCCCACUCAGCAGGACGUGCUGAGGACCCGAGUCAAGACCACCGGCAUCGUGGAGACCCACUUCACCUUCAAAGACCUACACUUCAAGAUGUUUGAUGUGGGUGGCCAGAGGUCGGAGCGUAAGAAGUGGAUCCACUGCUUCGAGGGCGUGACGGCCAUCAUCUUCUGCGUGGCCCUGAGCGACUACGACCUGGUGCUGGCUGAGGACGAGGAGAUGAACCGCAUGCAUGAGAGCAUGAAGCUGUUCGACAGCAUCUGCAACAACAAGUGGUUCACGGACACCUCCAUCAUCCUGUUCCUCAACAAGAAGGACCUGUUUGAGGAGAAGAUCAAAAAGAGUCCCCUGACCAUCUGCUACCCCGAGUAUGCAGGGUCCAACACCUACGAGGAGGCGGCCGCCUACAUCCAGUGUCAGUUCGAGGACCUCAACAAGAGGAAGGACACCAAGGAGAUCUACACACACUUCACGUGCGCCACUGACACCAAGAACGUGCAGUUCGUCUUCGACGCCGUCACAGACGUCAUCAUCAAGAACAACCUGAAGGACUGUGGACUCUUCUAGAAGCUUGAGAUGGCCAUCUGGUGAGGCGAGGGCCAAGCUUAUGUGCUAUUGUUUCUCUUCUGUAAUGAAAACAUUCUGAGCAAGCGUAUGGGAAAAUGAGUCAUGGACCAGUGCUGUACAAUAUGCCACUUUUUUCAGCUUUAUUUAUGUUUUAUUUUAUUUUAUUAACUUUUUUGUCCUGGGACAUUUUAAAAGUAGCGUUUCAAAAAAGGAAAAAAAAAGAAUUUGUGUAGAAUGUUUGUAUGACUGUUACUGUCACUGCUAUGUUUCAUUUUCCACCUUUUUUUUUUUUGUAAAGAAGGACCUGUCUCCAUUUUUUUUUUUGCUUUUCUUUCAUUGAAAAAGAGGCUUGCCUUCGCUGGAAAAAAGUUCUUUAUCCUCCCCCCCACCCCCCAUCCCCUAUCUAGAUUGUUGGAUAUAAAAAAGGAUUUUAUUCCAAGUCCAGUUUGUUGGUA